AGUUUCCCUAUGGAACUGAAUCUAGUUUUUCUAAUUAAAAACAAAGCCAGUGACGUGGCUUGCUUCUCGGUGGGAAGGCACGAAGAACUGACUCCUAAGCAAGAAACCCUCGGGCAGCUUCGCAGUGAGAGGCCAGCGCGCCACCGCUGCCCGGGGUGUAGGCAGAGGCGGGAGCUACGGCCACCAGCCGCAGCGGCGUAGGAAGCAGGGUCCCGCCCCCGGCCCCGGCCCCGCCCCCAGUCACGGUUUCCAGGCGACGCUCUGAAGCGGCCAGCGGGAGACCAUGAGUCGUGUUCCGGAGUUUUAUUCGAGGCGGCAGCGGUUGUACGCGCAGUCUGCCCUGUCGGAUGUAAGUGCAGCUUCGGCCGACCCCACCCCGCGGCGGGUGGAAGGACGACCCUGCGGCCCCCGCCCACCUCCGGCGCCCGACGGGGCUCGGUGGCUGGGCCGCGGCGCCUACACUGCCUCAGCCGCGGCCUUGCCCUCCGCGCUCCCCGGGCGGCGCCGCCGUAGCCUGGGGCGAGCCGCACUCGACGCGAGACCUGGGCAAAGUGGUCUGCGAAAACCAGAUGAUGGAGCAAUUGGGAUUGCGAUUAGGGACGUGGUACUGGAAAGAUGAAACCAAAACACUUGAAUUCAGAAGUUUUACACCUGCAGUGGAAUUCAAGGAAAGAGGAAAGAAAGGCAAAGCAGUUCACUUUGUUGAAAUUGAUGGUCCGGCUUCAGACAGGUUGACAGAUAAAAGGUUUGCCCUAAGAGACGAUAAGUCACCCAGAGGCUUAGAGAAACGGAGUCAGCAAGGCAACGUUACACUCCAUGAUGUUAAAUUUGUGGCUUUGCUUUUGCUACAAGAUACUGAGAUGCCGCGUAUCUGUUCCUUUACAACAUUUAUGAGGAAUAAGAAUCUUGACAAUUUCCUUAUGGCAUUGUUGUACUACUUAUAUUAUUACUUGGAAAAAAUCUCACAGGAAAAGAAACCCAAAAGCUAUAUGGUGGGCCUUGAAGAGAAGAAAGAAAUGGAAAUGAUUAUCAGUAAGUUAGAAGCAGCACAGAAAUACUUGGCACAGAAGUACUGUGUCCUCAUCCUGGGCUUGGGAAUGCCCGAUAAGCAUCACAUGAGCUGCGGAAAGGGGAAAAUAUCAGAUACACAAAAAGACUGGAAAUUCUUUGAGUCCUUUUAUACAUUCUGUACAUACGUAGCCUGGAUUGUCUUCCGACGUCAACACUUCACAGAGAUUGAGGAAGAAAUAGGAAGGCUCUUUCGUUCCAACAUGUUCAACAUUCCUCGAAGGAAGCGUGAGGAUGAAGAGUCAGGAGGGGAGAAGAAGCGCAUGACUUUUGUACAAUUCAGGAGAAUGAUGGCAAAACGCCCAGCGAUUAAAAAAGCCAUUAACAUGCGCUCUCCAGUCCUGUCCACUCUGCUGCCCUCUCUCAGAGAAAAAGCUCAGAAUGUCUCUGAGAAAAAGUACCGUCAAAUAGGCACGAAAUUCCCAGCCCAGAUGCAAGAGCCCAGGGAAACUCUGGACUCUUUGCACAUGCCAAUAGUUGGCAUCUUGGGGGAGCCUCGAUGUCAGUUCAACCCCCAUACCCUUAUCCCUCUUGAUCCAGAAGAAAGCAUGAAGUCUGGGAAACCGUCUUCCCUGAUAGAAAGAAAUAACAUGAGGAUUCAGGAUACACUGGACUUAGUCAUGAGAACACUGUCCUCUCAAACAACAUUCCCUAAAUAAUCUAUACAUUCCACUUCUGUAGUUAAGUCUUAUAUUUGAAGUAAACUGCUUUGACUUAAUCACUUUA